AUAGAUUAUGUUUUUUGUUUGGUUGUUACGUGUAUGGUGGUAGGGGCUAUUGUAUUGAGUACUACUCCUGUUUCUUAUUAUGGAGUAAUUGCUUUAAUAGGUCUUGUAUUUUUUUGUUGUAUGGUGAUGGUUGGCAUAGGUCGGACAUUUAUUGCUUUGGUAACUUUUAUUGUGUACUUGGGGGGUUUGGUGGUGGUGUUUAGUUAUUGUAUUAGUGUUGAGAAGGAUGUUGAGGAUGCUUUGAAGGUUCUUACUUUUAAAGUUUUUGUACUUUUGUUUGUUUGUGUUGGAAUUGUUGCUUGUUUAUGUAUUAUGUUUACUUUUGGAUCGGGGGAGUGAUUGGUUAUGCCAAGUCAGGAUUGUUUUGUUUGUGUAGAGGUUAAUGGGUUUGGGGUGCUUUAUUCUUGUGGCGCUGUUGGACUAGUAGUUUGUUCGUGGGGUUUGCUUGUGACGUUGUUUUCUAUUUUAAUUGUUCUUAGUUGGCAUCGGUGAGGGGGUUUACGGCCUUUUAGA